CCAUGACUGCAGGUGGAACCACAGCCAUCACUUCAGACAGCACCACAGCCAUCACUGCAGAUGGAACCAGAGCCAUCGUUGCUGAUGGAACCACGGACAUCACUGCAGACAGCACCACAGCCAUGACUGCAGGUGGAACCACAGCUAUGACUGCAGAUGGAACCACAGCCAUGACUGCAGGCAGCACCACAGCCAUCACUGCAGAUGGAACCGCAGCCAUCACUGCAAAUGGAACCAGAGCCAUCACUGCAGGUGGAACCACAGCCAUGACUUCAGACAGCACCACAGCCAUAACUGCAGACAGCACCACAGCCAUGACUGCAGGUGGAACCACAGCCAUGAGUGCAGAUGGAACCACAGCCAUGACUGCAGGCAGCACCACAGCCAUCACUGCAGAUGGAACCAUAGCCAUGACUGCAGAUGGAACCACAGUCAUGACUGCAGAUGGAACCACAGCCAUGAGUCCAGAUGGAACCAUAGCCAUGACUGCAGAUGGAACCACAGCCAUGACUGCAGACAGCACCACAGCCAUGACUGCAGGUGGAACCAUGGCCAUGAGUGCAGAUGGAACCACAGCCAUGACUGCAGAUGGAACCACAGCCAUGACUGCAGGCAGCACCACAGCCAUCACUGCAGAUGGAACCAUAGCCAUGACUGCAGAUGGAACCACGGUCAUGACUGCAGAUGGGACCACAGCCAUGAGUGCAGAUGGAACCAUAGCCAUGACUGCAGAUGGAACCACAGCCAUGACUGCAGACAGCACCACAGCCAUGACUGCAGGUGGAACCACGGCCAUGACUGCAGAUGGAACCACAGCCAUGACUGCAGAUGGGACCACAGCCAUGAGUGCAGAUGGAACCAUAGCCAUGACUGCAGAUGGAACCACAGCCAUCACUGCAGACAGCGCGACAACCAUCACUGCAGAUGGAACCACAGCCAUCACUUCAGAUGGAACCGCAGCCAUCACUGCAGAUGGGACCACAGCCAUCAUUGCAGACAGCACCACAGCCAUCACUUCAGACAGCACCACAGCCAUCACUGCAGAUGGA